UUAAUGGAAGGAAGAAAUGGCGGGAAUGUUAAUAUUUUGAUUUGACAGCUUAAAGAAAACCUGAAUGUUGAAUUAUUUACAAAGUGUCUAAAACAAAUAAUAUUUACAACACUACGGGUGAAACGGGUUAGAAAUGAAAAAUAUAUCUACAAUACAGAAAAGUAAUAAAAGCGAAUCACCAAAAACUCCCGGUGGAAUUAGUAAAUCCUUGUUAACCCCUUGUAGAAGGGUUGGACUUUCUCGAAAUUGGAGAAAAAGUGGGCCAUCGCCUUUUGUGUCCCCUUUGUCAGGUACAGAGAGCAGCACACCUCAAUCACAGGAACAGGAACCAAGAAAAAGGAAACGUCCCAUAACAGAUGAUACAUCUCAAGAGUCAUCUCAGAAUAGCGAUAAAAAUGAAGAGUUAGAAGAAAUUCAAUCAUCUUGCAAUACACCACGAACAUCUGAUAGUCGAACACCUUUACGUAGUAUUUUAUCUAGAAAAAAAUCCAAAACAUUACUAUUAUCAAAAGAAUGUGAAGAGAAUGAUAAUAUAAGUCAAGUGAGUAAUAUAAUUAUUGAUGAAAAAGUAGAUUCACCUAUAAUAGAAACUAAACAAGAUUCCCCUGAAAAUAAUAAAGUGAAAAAAAUUUCAAGAACAAACUCUAAAAAUAAGUCAAAGAUAAUUAAAUCUUUAGUAAAAGAACAAGAACAUGUUGAACAGACUAAGAAUGAAGUUAGCGACAAACCUUGUGUAUCAGAAUUAGAAAAUAAUGAAAAUAUACAAGUAAGUAAGCAGAAAAGUCCAGAAAAUUUAACAAAAGAAUGUAUAGUUGUUAUUCAAAAGAAAUUAUUUAAACCUAAAGAAAACAAAUCAUCCUUGCAAAUUUGUGAUAAGUCUAAACAAAAUGACACAGCCUCACAAGUUUUAUUUGACUCAGACUCUGAUGACACUCCUUUAAGUAAUUUAAACAAAAAAGAUAAUAAUACUCAACCAGUACUCAUAAAUGAUGACGAUGAAUUUCAAGACAGUAAAAAAGUAAAGAAGCUUCAACAGCAAACAACAUCAACAACGGAAUUAAAAGCAAAGUUAGAUAAACAAAAAUCGAAACUUAAAAAUAAGCCAAAACCAAAGAUGCAGCAAGAAACCAUCCCCUCAUCACAAGAGUCAAUCGAUCUCGACGAUGAUGAUUUCGUUUGUAAUAAAAAAACUAUAUUAAUCAAAAAAUCAUACGACAAAAUCCAAAAACCGUCAAAAUCAAAAUCGACCGGUUCUAUAACACAAAAAGACAUUGAUGAGUUAAACCAAAGAAUAAAAAACAAGAAGAACUUACUUCUAGCCAAAGCAAUGACAAACGAAACAGCUGAAUUACGGAGUUUAAUCAAGAAAUGGCAGAAAGGUUGUCAGAAUGCAUUAACAGAACUCCUUGAUCUGAUGAAAGAGAAAAUGCCGGAGCGUCAAAAUAUGGAAUAUUCGGAAAUAUUACAAUUGCUGAAGAUUCCUCCAGAUUUAGUCGGUUAUGACUCGGAAAACGAUUGUUUUAUUACCCCCGAUGAUGCUACUAUUAUUUUAUCUGGUUUUGAUAUUAAAUAGAAUUUUGUAAAUAUUUAUAUGUACAUUAAGCUAUAAGAAGAAAUGAUUAUUUUGCUG